GUGUGUGUGUGUGCACGCGUGUGGUGUGGAUGCGUGCAUCUGUGCAUGCGUGUGUAUGGUGUGUGUGUGUGUGUGUCUGUCUGUCUGUAUUUGCAGAUGUUUUGCCCGGAGGUUGUUUUAACUCAUCCUCAUCCUCACUUCCAUCACCUGGUCUCACCGUACUUGUUGAUGGUGGCGAAGCGUGCAUUUCCUUCGCUCCCGCUAGAGCCGAUUCCAGCUCGACCUGCCCUCCAUCAGACAUUGUCUACUGGAUGAGUGGGUUCACUGCUUACGGUGUUAGCUACAAUCAAUAUUUCCACGUACUCCACGAAUUGACAAAUUGGGCUAGUUUCGAUACCCCAGGAAAUCGGCUGACAAGCUACUCAACACCACUGGUGGGCAAGACUCUCCAACGCUUCUCCGACGCAUUGCCUGGGCACGGCUACAUCUUUUCCAUCCUUGCCCAGCGUCCCAGUAGGAAUAAUACGCAAGCCUACUUUCCCUCCUCGCUUUUCCGAUGUAGUGUAGAUUCCAUCCCUACUAGCGAUGACGUCUUGUGCCCUGGGGUCCUCCAACCUGGUCAGGCAUUGCUUCAGGAAUUGGACACAUUGAUGCGAGUGGAUUACACGUAUAGCCAACAAAACAAUGCCAACGCAUCGAAUGAGACCGUCUAUGUCAUUCUCCAGGCACAUACUCAAGCACAUAAACUUCAUGUUAGAUACCAAGCAAGUCCUAGAAUACCAAAUUGGACUAACACGUCAGACGGAGUUGUUCUAGACACGUCCCUGGGUGUGUUCAUGAUGAGCUCUGGUGUGCCCGAAGAGUCUCAGGUUGCUAUUCAACUUGCACAGCAUGGCUCUUUGCAAAAGGUGCCGGUUCUUGUUCUAGCUACUACCGGAGGACGGCGAUCUCCUGUCCCCGGUGGCUGCGGUGCACCCGUCAAGGUGUUUGACCGUGCCUUCUCACCAGGCGUAAGACUGGAAGAUGCUGGUCAAUCACUCCGAGUCCUCAUUGAGCCUGCACUUCCAGCUGGAGUUGCGCAGAGUUCCUGUGCUGAUGUUCCGGCUGAUCGCCUUACCUAUACUCUCUACAGAGUGGUGCUAAAUGGUUCUGAUGUCUUCUCCACCGAGAAGUACAUGUCAACUAUGAAGAAGAUGAUCUUGGUUGAGGGAAUACUGAAGGCGUCCGAUGCUGAACUGAUUCUGAACAUUUCUAAUGCCACACAAGCCGAGUUUGUUGAAAUUGUCAGCACGACCAGCUAUGGUCAACUGCAGCUCAACACGGGUGCAGUGUUCGUUGCUAUGGUCACCGACAACGAGCUCAACACACGCGCUGCGUACGCGCCAGCGGUCUUCUACAGAUGCGAAGCGUACGUCAACACUUCUAUACUGACUGGUCCGCCAUGUAAAUACAUCCUGAGCCGGGCCAGGUCUCAGGGCAUCGUACGUCUUGUCGAUAACAAGAUCAUGACAUUCCAGGUUGACUGGUCGCCUGCAGCCAACCGCAGUUCCGGGCCCGAUAGCGGCAAUGGCUUCGCCGUGGUGCAAACUCACUGUCGCCUGCAUCGCGUGCGCGCAUCACCAUACGUAUAUCCGUUGCUCGGUCCUCCACCAGACCCGCCUUCAACACUCAGUUACUCGAAAGCAGAUGUUAUGACGUCACGCAACACUGGUAUCGUUGUUAACCUCAGCUCAAGCGGAAACAUCAGCGUGCAGUUUGACUAUUUCGCCGCUCUGUAUUCCCUUGUGGAGGCCAAUGCUCAAGUGAAGGCCAUGGUCUACCCGCGUUCUGCCCCACUACCCGGUGGUUGUCGAGAAGACGGCGCCAGUGCUUUGCUCACGGUGGUGUUCAACGGUACAAUGGUGACGGUGUCCUUCACUGGUGCUGCCGUCUUUCUUGAAGGUCAAUGGGUGUGUGCCAAUGCCGAAAGCUGGCUAUCGCAUGGCGUGAAUGUCACCUAUGACCUGUAUGUACUGCAGCUGAACACAUCCAGUGAGAGGGAUCUCUUCCAGGGCAUCAGCAAGAUGUACGCUGUACAGGAUAUCCGGCGGCAUGCCACCAAGGUGCGGACAUUUCCAGCCGGCGCCCUGCAGUACUCGGCCAGCUUACCCGUGCGUCCUGGGCUUGGCAGGGUGUACGGCGUGGUUGCAUCGGUAGUGCACAGCAGUAUGUCAUCAUCUAGCCGCAAUGAUGGUGGUGAUGGUGAUGGUGAUGAUGAUGAUGAUGAUGAGCUGCAGUCGGCGUACAUACCCGCAUCGUCGUAUGAUUGUGACUAUGUCAACUCACCGAACGAUAAUGGCGGCCAGAUCUGCAAGACCAUCCUUUUCUCGGAUAAGCCCGUUUUCGCCACAGUGAACCGGACGUCGAACUUGUCGAUGGUGCUGAACGACUGGAGGCCCGGUGCUGCCAAAUGGACGUUUGUGGUGAUGACGGCACACAGCCAGCGUGACCGACUCUGCUCAUCCCUGACCAUGACACCGACACUGGAUACGGCGUACACUGCAAGGGAUGCUUCUCUCCUCAAAUUGCUCAAUGUUAAGUGGGGCAACGAACAAGCACUACUCUACAUCAGUAGAAGAUACAGUAGCGUGGGUCAGGGGAGUCCAAGACCGAUUGGAGAGGACGUAAAUACCAAUGUCAUGGUCAUUGCUAAUCCCUACACAGAGAAUGUUCCGAUUCCCGGUGGGUGUUGCCUGACCUGUUCGCUGGACAUUGAUCCUAACUUGAACAUCACGUACAGCCGCUACUCCACUAGCAUUGUGUUUCACCCUGCCAACAUAGGCUACUACAUGUCACCAACUACGCCGUGCUACGAGCGCUUGACCCCUCUUGAUAGUCGUCUGCGCUACUACCUGUACCGCUACGAGCUGGCCUUUAUCGACUUCAGCGAAUCGGCAAUGUUCGAUGGCUUGAUUAAGAUGAGCACGCCAAGUUCUGUGGAGCGGCAUGGAACCAAGGUUGCUCUCUUCCCGACAACAUAUGUUGACCUGCGCCGCGUUACCUUGCCAACUAGCCGUGGUACUGGCACAGUGUACAGCAUCAUUGUUGUUGAUCACGUGUAUGGCACUCGGGCUGUUUACCCACCAUCUGUGUCGUAUGGCUGUGAGAUCGGCGGACGUGUGCUGGGCUGUGACUCCAUAGGUUCUGUGUUUGGCAAGGUUGUAUUGACUCUAUUCGGCCUGGUUGGACUGGUCCUCGUUUUCUUUGGACAUCGCCUGUAUCUUCUGCAGCUGUUUGUGUCAACAUUCCUGCUCGGCCUGCUCCUUGCCUACCCGCUGUUCUGUGCUUUCACACACCUAGACUUCACAGCUCGGAUUGGCCUCUCCCUGUUUUGUGGUGGUGUGACGAGUUUCUCCAUACUCAAGCUGUGGAAACGUACACUCAACUAUCGGAUGUACUUGGUACUGCUUGCUUUGCCGCCCGGAUUUCUCUUUGCCGCACUCUUGCUCUUCACACCGUUUGGCAACAUCAGCGCCUUUCACUCCCCGGCCACGUACUGGCUGUCGUACGUCGCAGUUACAGCAUGGUUCCCAGUCGUUCUGCUCUACAUGCCAGUGCGGGGCAAUCUGAUACUCAGUAGCUGGGUUGGAGGUUAUGCUGUUAUCAUAGGUAUCGGGCAGUAUGUGAAGACCUCACUCAUCUGGAUAAUCUUGGAUGUUAUACUGCACGCUGUGGAAUCUCAAUACUACACCAAGAAUGAGUAUCACGAUUAUUACUUUACACCCAUUGAUAUAGGGCUGUCCGUGCUUUGGGCACUUUUGACUAUAGUGGGAGCCGUGUUUCAACACAGAUGGCUGAAGAGACAUGGCCUGCUUAGCAUGGUGGCACUGUUCCGAUUGGCAGCCGGCCAAGAGGUGAAAAGGGAUGAUGAGGAAGAGAGGAGAGAGGAAGAUGAUUCAGAUGGUGCGGACCCAACAGAUACCGUCCGCAGCUCACCACCGUCUUCCACGUUGCUAUGCCAACAUGCCAGCACUAGCAGUGUUGCCAGCGAAGAAGUGGACGAGAAUACACCGCUUUUCUCCAGGCGGACAAGAAGGAGUCGACUUUCGGCUGCCCUGCGUGGCGUGCUUUCGUGGUUUAGUCGUGCACGACAGACGAAGCCUGACCAGCCACUGCUUGCUCCGGGUGAAGCCUGACCAGCCACUGCUUGCUCCGGGUGAAGGCGAAAGUCCAAUGGUGCGUGAACCGUAACCAGGCUUCUGGGCUGUCUGAGGAAUGUUCAGUGCACCCUGCUAGUGUGCUCCCAGGACUUACGUGAGCCUGACCCAACGUGACAGCUACUCAUUUUCAAGCAUAUUAUUUUACUCACGGGCAGACAGAGGUGCGAUGUUUAUCAGCGCAUGGGCACACGUGCGUACCCGCACACCCAACCACGUGCAAACUUACCACGUCAGCGUGCACCCCCCCCCCCCCCACACACACACAUGGCUGGCCUAGACUAUUUGUGUCAUCGCUGUUAGUAGGAGAAGUUUUCUUCAUUCUCUUCUUUACUAUACUGAUUUUUUCUUGAGUAUGUUUGCAUCAAUGCAUGCGGUGCUCAUGUACUUUCUCGUUUUAUUGUCAAAGACAAUACUGGUAGAUGGCGACCCGCUGUGGCUGGCCACCAUCAUAAUCAGUGCCACCACCACCGCCAGCCACCAUCACCAUCACAACCUAUUCACGCUUCUUGCCUCCUUCCUUUCUUGGAGCCGGGUUGUUGGCACUGUGUUUAUUUUUACUUGGAGCCCCGAGCUUCUCACUCGUUCUACGCUUGAACAAAGUUUGGGGUUAUUUUCCCCCAGAUUAGCCACACCUCUUUUCACAUUAUCGUCGGAAACUAUUAAAAAAAUUGACACCUCUUUUCACGAUAUUGUGUAGUAUUAUGAAAAAAAUUGCUGCGGAGCACAAUUAUGCACCCACAAUGCCAUAUUCUUAUGCUGAGUGAUGUACUAGCACUUGCAGAUAUUUUACAUUAGAUUGUGAGCCUCACACCUCAGACUUAUUAUCAGGGAGUAGUACAAUACCGGUAUUGUACUACUCCCUGCUUCUGAUGAUGAUUUCACCAUGCUCAUACAUGUACAUGAUCAGAUUUUUUGUGCUCAGAAAGCCACCUUCAGAGAGAAAGUA